AUCGACUUAUAACUCGAUAAUAUCGACUUAUAUCUCGAUAAUAUCAAGACACGUCAAUAUAUAAUGCAUUCCGGUUAUAUCUCAAAAGCAACUGACUACAAUGGAUGACUACAGAGAUGAACUCGUUGUGAAGUACUUUCGCCUCGGAUUCAAACAUCAAGAAAUUUUACAGUGUCUGGACAAUUUCCAUGGUUACACUAUGGGUUUGCGUACACUGAAGAGGAUUACUCAGAAUUAUGGACUUUAUCGGAGAAAAUAUUACAGCGAUAUUAUUAAGGUAGCCGAACUCAUUAUGGAAGAGUGUACGAGCUAUGGCCAAAUGCAUGGUUACCGAUGGAUGCAUUCGAAGUGUUUGGAUAAAUCAUUAGUUGUUAGUCAAGACACUGUAAGGAUACUAUUGCAUAUUAUUAACCCAGAAGGUUUAAGAAACGAAAAGGAAGACGCAUGCAGCGACGAAAGUAUAUGAACCCAGGGCCAAAUUUUGUGUGGCAUAUCGAUGGUUAUGAUAAGCUUUCAAGAUACGGCAUUUGCAUUCACGGUGCCGUGGAUGGCUUCUCCAGAAAAAUUAUCUGGUUACAGGCUUAUCACACCAAUAAAGACCCACGUGUCAUCGCAGGUUAUUUUAUGGAAUCGGUGGGGAUCGAAAACAAGUGCCCGCAACGAAUUCGAGCUGACAGAGGAACUGAGAACGGACACGUUGAACAAAUGCAGAAAUUUCUGCGCAGAAACCAUACUGAUUCGUAUGCAGGUGAGAAAGCUUUCUUGUACGGCACAAGCACUGCAAACCAACGGAUUGAAAGCAUGUGGGGCAUGGUUCGCAAGCAAGGAAUUCAGUACUGGAUGAAUUUAUUCCAAAGUCUCCUUGAUGACGGUAAAUUUGACGGUGGCUACCUAGAUCGAGAACUUAUACGUUUUUGCUUCUUGGACGUGAUACAGGCAACCCUAGAUGAUAUUAGAUCAACGUGGAACCGCCAUCGCUUGCUGAACAGUGGGCGGCCCUGGAUCAUGCACACGAUGCCGUCCAUUCUACGGGACAAGGAAUUUUGCAGUUAGUGUUGAUC